UGGUGGGAAACAGUGCAAUUUCCUCUUUACUUUCACAGCCUUAGUGCAGAAUCCAGAAUGGAUGUCCUCUUCUUAGCCGCCCUUGCUGUGCCACUUAUCCUGGGGAAGUCAACUCCUGAGCCCGAGCCUGCCAGUCCUUUUCUUAUAAAGGACCUGAGAGAAGAGCUAGAAGGAGAAGGACAGGAAUACGAGGCCGAAGAAGAGUUUGACGAGUUGGAUGAGAGUGAAUACUAUCAAGUGUAUUAUUAUUACACAAUUACCCCUAAUUACGAUGACUUUGGUGCUAACUUCACUAUCGAUUACUCCAUGUUUCAGUCGGAGGAUAGGUUGAACGGGUUGAAGAAGGAGGUGACUACAGAGGCAGUGGAGACCACUAUUAGUUUCCACACAGAACUCGCGGACCCUCAGAAUCCCGUGACCAUGAGACCAGUGACUACAGAGCCAGUGACUACAGAGCCAGUGACUACAGAGCCACAGAUUCCAGAUCAGAAUGAUGCCAUGUCCAGUCUGCAGAGUUCUGUGUCCUGUCUUCUCUUAUGGACCCUCCUUCAAGGGGGGCUGCAUUUUAUGUAGAAGGUGAGAGAAGGCUGCUAUGACUCUUCAGACUAGAGUUUGGCAAGAAGUUGGUUGAAAAAUAAAAUAGUUUUGUCUACUUCUUAA